AUGCACGGUGUAACCGUAGCCUUUGGAUCACGAUAUAGGUCAGUCGUAAUCGUAAGUCGUUGUCGUAGGUCAACGCACAAUGAUUUUACAUAUGUCGUUUACGUAUAUCCUAUUGCAUUUGAGAUCUUAAUACCACAGCGAUACUUUGUCGAGAGUUCUGUUGUGAACGAUAGAUUUCUUGGAACUGGAGAUCAAACAUCAUCUAUUGCUCUAGAUUUUCGAGUAGGAGAGUCUACAGUCAGAAUGAUCAAUAAAGAAGUAUGCUCUGUUACAGUAAAAAUUUUGCAGCCAUUAUAUCUCUUUCCACCAACAAAACAAGAAUGGAUCCAUACUUGCUUUUAACUAUUGGAAGAGAUGGCACAUGCCAAAUUGUUUUGGAGCAAUCGAUGGCAAGCAUAUCAUGUUGAAAUG